AUGAACCACAGCAUUCCUGGCAAAUCUAGCACGGUCGUGGUGUUCGAAUGGCAACCUGAUGACGAGUUUGGCAGCUUUCUUCAACGCAUCUGUCUCACAAAGGCUGAGGUACCGAUGACUUGGAUGUCGUAUAACCAAUCUACCAGGGUAUAUGACUCAUUCCGUAACGAGUGGGACUUGUGCGACAGAUUGGAUCCUACCAGCAUUCCUAAUGGCAAUUGGGAGGAAGAUGAUUUUCUGCCUGCCUCUGCCCUUGCUGCUCCUUCUGAACCCACCCUACCGCCCCCUCCGCCCCCACUGUCCAGUUUCUUAUGGGACAUCAAAGCCUACUUCAGUCAUUAUGAAGUCACACCCUCAGCACAAUACACUCAAAGUGUUGAGCGAUUUGUCUCAAUUUUGCAUUUCCAUCUUGGAUAUCGACUUGCAGCAUCUACCACUUCACCCCAAGGCAGAUCGACCACGUUUGAUGAUUGGACUUGCAAGACACAGUGGGCUCACCUAUGCAAACUGGUUGGUGAUGAGCCUGCGAAUAUUGCCUCAAUUCCAGAGGCACAGAAGCAUGUUAUCACAUGUUUUAUAGGUUACCUCGUCACCCUUCCCCAAUCUCAAUUGUCCGACAUCCCGCCUGAUCUCUGGGAUCUAGGACCUGAACCCUCCCUGUCGACCUCGAACGCACACAUUCGGGUUCACUACAUACAGCAACCCACACAGCGGCUCUACAUAAUCAAGCCAUAUUGA